AUGACUCGCGGUUCAUUCGGAUUACAUCACUUCAGGCGGUCAAUGCCACCGUCAUGGUGGAUGUCGCAUGGUAGAAACAGGCUGGGAGAGCGACGCUCCUCCUCGGUUUGGCAACAAGAACACUCAUAUACUGGAGCAGUAACUCCAGUCGAUCCUGCUCCAGUGCUCCAGGGUGCCUCUUCAACGAAGCCACGGUUGAAGCCACAGGCGCCGUGGACGUGGUACGGCCGCCAGUUUGGGACUUUUGACCCACACCGUUUGGAUCCAAGAGACUUCAUGGAUCUGAGCACCAUCAUGGCCCCCUGUGUAUCCGACAGGACCCGUGUGUCUGCGUUGAAUCGUGUUGGAAUGCAUAGGACAUUUCUUUCAUCAGAAAGGACCCAGUUAUAUUUUGGAUCGACUCACAAGAGUGUAUUAUUUCCUCCCGACACGCGUGGGUUCCUUUACUAUCAUUCUCCGACCGACUGGUCACCCUUGCUCGGGGAGAUUCGCUUUCGCCUCGCGCAGGGCAGUGAUGUCGUGAAUUUUGCUCUCGGGAAGGAUCUGUUGUGGCCGCAGAAUGGCCUACCCUGGCGCAUCAUGCUUUUUCACAUUGCUAGAGCUGAAAACUAUCGGCCAUUUCGAGAGGUGUUACUCCGAGACACGCUAGUCACACCGGAUGUAAUGGACAAAUGCACUCGUUGGCCUGCCAGGAUGCCACAUGAUGCAUGUCAAAUCAUCCAGUCGCUCGAUGACCUGAUAUACUUUGACUUUUCUGCGCUAAAUACGGCGUUCUGCGUGUUAAUUGGCAAGGACGAUCUUCGCCGCGUAAUGACCCGAUCAUUGUUCUGUGACUUUCGUUCAGAUGUCCGAACCACACCAUACAUAGGGAGUGCGUUCUGCCGUUUUGAGCGGACCGCCGACCAAUCGCUGGGCUUGCAUCUCCGAGUCGUCAAAAUCAGGGAACCCGCGAAGCUUAAGCUUCCUGAUUACGACGGUUACAUCUCUAUGCCGGUCGAAGGCGAAUUGCUGGUCCGUGGUGGCAAGCCGUGGACCAUUUACUCAAAGACGAGGUCUGUAUACAUUGAUGCCCUUCGAGAUAAGUUGAAGUGGGAGACGGAGGGUGGAGCAAAGGAUCGGCCGUAA